UACUUUGGCGUGUGACCUUUCAUCACCAAAAGAUAACACAUUAGCAAUACCUUGAUUUUGUUUUCAAAUCAAAACUCACCAAAAAAUCACACUUGACAAAUUUGUUGAUGAGGAUUGGCCUUAAUAUAUUCCCUCUUGUGUUAUUCUCUUUACAUUUGAUUGCAUAAACUCUUAAUUUGAAGCACUUUUCCUUUGUGGAUUUACUUUGGGAGGUAUCAAGUACAAUGAAUGAGAAUGAGAAUGGCAAUGCUAAUGAACUCAACAAGAAGUGGAAAUUUCCUUUCUUAGUUUUCUUCAAUGAUGCAAGACUUAUUUUCAAAUUGGAUGCACUUUCAAAAGAGAUAUUAGGGAUUGCAUUACCCUCUGCAUUGGCUGUUGCUGCUGAUCCUAUUGCUUCUCUCAUUGACACAGCAUUCAUAGGCCAUUUGGGAGCCGUGGAACUUGCUGCUGCAGGAGUUUCCAUUGCAUUGUUCAACCAAGCUUCAAAGAUUACCAUAUUUCCUCUUGUUAGUAUUACAACAUCAUUUGUAGCUGAGGAAGAUACUAUCAAAAGGAUGAAUGAAGCUGAAAAUGAUAAGACUAAGUUAAGAACCGAAGUAAUAAUGCCUAAGGAUGUUGUGCUUCAAGACAUAGAGAAAGGGACACUCAAAGAGAAUAUUAAGGCUCCAAAUGAAUCUAUGGUUGAAGACAACAAGACAAAUGGAACAGUGGCUAGAAGCUUUGGACAUGAUGAGGAUGAUAAGAAUAAGAAACAUGGUGAUAAGACCAAUGGAGUUGAUGCUAAUACAAAUCUAUGUAAGUCACACUCAAUUCCAAAGAGUAAUAAAAAGCGACAGAUUGCUUCAGCAUCAACAGCUCUACUUUUUGGCUUAAUUCUUGGCCUACUUCAAGCUUCAGUCCUUAUAUUUGGAGCCAAAUUUCUACUAGGUGUGAUGGGUGUGAGACAUGGUUCUCCAAUGCUAAAACCAGCAAUGAAGUAUUUAAUAUAUAGAUCAUUUGGUGCUCCUGCUGUUCUUCUCUCAUUGGCAAUGCAAGGAAUAUUUCGAGGAUUUAAGGAUACAACAACUCCUUUAUAUGUUAUUGUUGCGGGGUAUUCAUUGAAUGUGUUAUUGGAGCCUUUACUUAUUUUUAAAUUGAAAAUGGGCAUAAAAGGAGCAGCCAUUGCACACGUUCUUUCCCAGUACAUGAUGGCAUUCACCCUCUUCUUCCUAUUAAUGAAAAAGGUCUAUCUUAUGCCUCCAAGAAUAAAGGAUCUACAAAUUUUCCGGUUUCUUAGAAAUGGAGGUCUGUUGAUGACAAAGGUAAUAGCAGUGACAUUCUGUGUGACUUUAGCAGCCUCCUUGGCUGCAAGGUUAGGUCCAAUUCCUAUGGCUGCCUUUCAACCUUGCCUACAAAUUUGGUUGGCAGCUUCCCUUUUUGCAGAUGGUUUGGCCAUAGCUGUACAGGCAAUCCUAGCUGGUUCCUUUGCUGAGAAAGACUAUAAAAGAACCACAGCAGCAGCAACAAGGACCCUACAAUUCGGUUUCAUUUUAGGGUUGGGGCUCUCUCUUAUUGUUGGAGUCGGAUUAUACUUUGGAGCUGGAAUCUUUUCCAAAAAUGACCAAGUUAUACAUUAUAUACGAGUAGCCGUCCCGAUCGUAGCUGCUACACAACCAAUCAAUACAUUAUCCUUUGUCUUUGAUGGUGUGAACUAUGGAGCUUCUGAUUUUGCAUAUGCUUCAUAUUCCUUGGUUAUGGUGUCAAUUCUAAGUGUUGGUGUAGAAUUUCUUCUCUAUAGGGGUGACCAUUAUGUUGGGAUAUGGAUUGCAUUAUCCAUCUAUAUGACUCUUCGAAUGUUGGCUGGUGUAUGGAGGAUGGGAACAGGAACAGGACCAUGGAGCUAUCUCAGAGGCCAAUAAUUUUACUGUUCGUAGAACAGUAAAUAACUAAAUUAAUAUACCUUAAUUAUGAAAACACCACUUAUAUAUGUAGUGUUAAUAUGAAUUUUGUUUACAUUAUUAUGUAUUAUAGUUAUAUUUAUGUGAUAGUUAAUCUUAUCAGCUCAUUCGAUUGCUCUAUUUAUAUUUUGUGUGUGUUUUAGAAAGUAGAUUUGGGGGUGUUGGUUGUAUUUUUGUGUCAUAUACCAAUGUAAUGGGAUCAGAGUAUCUCUUCUACUCUUUUUA